GGUUGCGCGUUUUGGGCGACAAAAUCAGCCCCACAAAUGCGGUGCGGUUUAAAAACGGGCGAUUUCUUCAACUUUUUCCGAAUUUAAAUAGUUAAAAUACUUCCUGUUUUCGAAGCGUCCGUCCGAAAUAGCGGACAUUUCCUGCUGAAAUCGGAUGCAGAGAGUGCACCUUUGCGCAGAGGCUGGUUUUAUACCGAGUGGCUCCUCUGGGUGCACAAAGACAGCGGCUCGCAGAGGAACUUGUUCAGAGCGAACCGGGGACGCUGGGAGGCGAAAUCCUCAACCUCCGGAGUCCGAAUCGCAACAACAGCGCUGUUUACCUCCUGAAACCCUCUAUUCUGCUUCCCACCUCAACAAUACAAGGUAAGCUGGUAGUGAACGUGUGGUGCACCAGGCCAGUCUUGGGAGCAUGGCGAAGGCCCAGAAAUCGCCUGGGAGGAAGACUGCUCACUGUCUCCGCAGACAGGGUGGUGGUCAGACAGACAUGGAGGAACUUAACGUGGACACUCAGCAUCCACCGCAAGACCAGUCCAAGGGAGGAGAUCAGAUCCUCAUUCAGAACUCUCCUCCCGCCGGAAGCUUGUCGGAAAACUGCGAGCACAAGGAAGCUCCGGUGGAGGCCCAGGAAAAGAGCGACACCUCCGCCCAGCCGCAGGCCAAGUCUCUGUGGAAGCCCAUUCCCCCUCUGGUGCCUGAACUCCACAGGAGCACAGAGACCAGGGACCAGAGCUGCCAGACCGAGGAGCAGGGUCAGCCUCCCGCGGCCAAUAACGACGGCCAUAACGCAGGUUUGUGUGCUGAGCCUGGCGAUCCCCCUCUGCUCCAGCAGCCUCUGCAGACCUCCAAGUCUGGGAUUCAGCAGAUAAUUGAAUGCUUCCGAUCCGGCACCAACCAGCUCAGAAGCAUGCUGCUGAGGGAGGUAGACACCAUCUUUGAGUGUAAACUGUGUCGCAGUCUGUUCAGAGGCCUCCCGAACCUCAUCACGCACAAAGAGUACUACUGCUUAUCACGGCUACCUGAAUCUGACGGCUCUUCUGGUGAUGACCGACAGAGUGUAGCCAUGAAGGAUUUACUGGACGCAAUAUAUCCCAGAGCUGACCGGCCCGACUACGUGGUCCGAUUAGAGCCCAUCCAGACCACCAACAAGGCGGUGUUCCAGUACCUCACCACAGAGGAGGAGCUGGCGAGAUUUCCAUCACACACAACCAGUGCCAGAGAGAGUCCUGUCGCUUGGGAAGGAGAGACUAUGGAGGGUGUGGAAAACAAUCCAGACAGUCAGCCAAAUGCUCCUGAGAGCCACGUCAGUCCAGGGCCGAAGACAUGGGAGGCCGACGAUGAGGCGAAAGAGGAACAGCCAAAGCCUGAAGACGAGGGCUCCAACAGUGGGGUUGAAGAUGUGACCAUUUCCUGUUGUCUCUGUGGCCAAGACUUUAACUCCCGUCGGAGUAUCAGGCGCCACUGCCGCAAAAUGCACCAGACUAAACUGGAGGAGCUCCGUAAAUUCACGGAGACGCGCACAGUUCCUACAAGCCUGCUCUCUAUGGUGAAAGGCCGACCAAGGACUCUCAGUAUGCCAACUGGAAAGUCCUGCCCAGUGUGCCUGAAAACCUUCGCCACCAAAGCCAACGUGCGGCGGCACUUUGACGAGGUGCACCGGGGUCUACGCAGGGACACCAUCACACCGAACAUCGCGUCAAGGCCGGGCCAGCCCUUCACACUGGAAGUCACACCACCCAAGAAGAGCAACAAUUCCUCCCCGACACGUGCCCACAGCUCCAAGACCACUCCUGUGAACUCUAAAACCUCCGCCUCAAACCAAGCCCAAGGGAAACCUCAGAGUAAGCAGACGAACUCGGCCUCAUGUCGAUGCACCCUGUGCAAGAGGAACUACAGCUCCCAGCUGAUGUUAAAGAGACACAUGCGCAUCGUGCACAAGAUCUACAGCGUCCGAAGUAACAAGUCUGGUGGCACGCCGUCACCUGCUGCUAGCGCGAGCAGCGCUAAUGUUAGCCUUAGCAACAACGUAAGAGUGAAGGAGGAAGCAAUGGAGCCGUCGGACGAAGAUGACGACGACAGUAGCCCUGCUCCGUCUCCCUCUAACAGCAACGGGACAGCUAGAGGCGUUCCACAAGCCGUUCUGAAGGUGAAAGAGGAGGAAUCCCCAUCCAGUCCAAAGGUACCUUCAUCCACAUCUUCGUCCUCCCGUGGAGGGAGCGCAUACACGAACAUGGCAGCCAAACUAAGCAAGUUGUCAGUCGGCUUUGACUUCAAGCAGCUCUUCUGCAAGCUGUGCAAACGACAGUUCAGCUCUCGUCAGAACCUAACAAAGCACAUUGAACUGCACACGGACGGCAACGACAUCUUCAUCAAGUUCUACCGCUGCCCUCUGUGUCGCUACGAGUCGCGCCGCAAACGCGACGUCCUGCGCCACGUGACGGUUGUCCACAAGAAGUCGUCGCAGUACCUGGCGAAGAUCAUGCCCAAACUGGAGAGCAGGGCGGUGAAGAGGCUGGCGGAGGCGGUGCUGAACAGCACCAAGAGGACAGGCGGCAGCGCCAAAGAGGAGAUGAACGGGCGUCACAUUUCGUCGUCCUCCUCCUCUUCCUCCUCCUCUUCUCCGUCGCCUCCAAUCACCCGCAAACAAGAAGCCUCCACGUCUGCCUCGGCCGCCACUUCGGCCUCCGCCCCGCCUGCCGCCCCCAUCACCAGGAAGCAGCAGGAGCUUUCAUCUCCGGUCCCGACUCCCUCCCCGCCCGUCACCCGCAAGCAGGAGAGACAGCAGACGGCUCACCAGUCCCGCCCCGUCAGCCCUCCUCUGACCCGGCGCAGCGAGAAACACUCGCUCUCUCGCAGCGCCUCCUCCUCGACCCCGUCCAGUAACCAAACGCCACACACCCGGCGACACGACGCCCAAUCAGAGAGCAGCCCCGUGACGUCGUCCACUGAAGUCAAAGUGACGAAGAAUUUCUCUCUCCAUGCUUGUGACCAGUGUGGGCGGGCGUUUGCUAAGAAGUUGUACCUGGAGUCUCACAAGCGAAGCCAUCGAAACGCUACGGUGGGAGCAGCGAGCAGGAGGAAAGGAGUCAGCACACGCUCCAAAUCUCUGGUCUGGUGAGACGCACAGUAUCGCCACAAACGAAGAACAGAGAGCCACAAACGGCUACACGGCAAAUCAAAACAUUUAACUGGAAAACUGAGACUACUGGAGGAAGUACUAGGAAGACCGGGAAACGUGAAGGAAGAAACAAAAGCAGAGCCUUACAGGAGAGAAUAGUUGCAUAUGAACCAAAAAAAAAAAAAAAAA